AUGGACGAUUCACCCUCUAUGAAACACGGCCUAGUUUAUCAUAAAUGCGCUUUCGUGACAAAUUUUAAAAUUUGCUGCGACCCAUUAAAUAACCAUCAAGUACCUGAGCCACUGAUUUGCGCUAGUUAUUUCUUAGACGUCCAGUUUGUAGAUGGACUUUAUGAUUUUAAUGACCCCUGUUUUGUUAGCCCUCCUACUACAUUGUGCAGCUUUGAACACCAAGGCACUUGCCAUUCUUUUUUGUUUGUAAACAGGACAAUGAUGAUAAAAAUGAUGGUGAAGAUGAUCGUGAAAGUUGAUCCUGAAGUUCACUCCGAUAGACAUCCCGGGAGUGAGCAGGACGUUGUUGGUCAAGAUGUUGGUCAGAAUAAUUCAACUGUGACUACAGAGAGUGAGAAACCUGAUGAAAAUUCCGGAGAUGACAGCCAACAGCCAAGUCAAGACAACAGCCAAGCGCUUCUUAUAAGAUCACACUGGAGACAGACCGAUGGUACUAUCGUAUCGGUAUGGACGGUCUCCUAA